CUCGUCUCAGUUCUGCCAAACAUGGAGAACAGUCCAACUCAGGAAGAGAUCAAUCGUCUGGAUUAUUUAGAACGCGUUAUUAAAGAAACCUUGAGACUAGUUCCCACAGUUCCUUUCAUUUUGCGAUAUGCCGACGAAGACAUUAAAUGCGAUCCUUACGUUUUCCCUGUCAGCUCUAAUCUUGUCGUUCCUCUGAUGCUACUGCACAGAGAUCCGGAGGUGUGGCCCGAGCCGGAAAAAUUUGAUCCAGAUCGGUUUCUCCCUGAUGAAGUUGCGAAAAGACAUCGUUGUUCCUACAUUCCUUUCAGUUUUGGUGCCAGAAACUGUAUAGGUCUAAGAUUUGGUAUGGUAGAGGUGAAAAUAAUGGUUGCGACGAUACUGAGGAACUUCAAAGUACAAACUGUUGGUAUGAAAUCAUGGAAGGACAUCCAGUUAGGCUAUAUGGUUAUGCUGAAGGCUAAAAAUAGUCGUUUACGUUUCGAUAAAAGAAAAUUUUAAUCACAUGCAUUUUUCCAAAUGUCGGUAAAUGGUAAUCAAUGUUUCGAUUAUUUAACUUUUCUUUUUAUAUAAAAAAUAAUCUUUGAAUUGUCUUACAAUACUAACACGGAAAAUAAUUUUUUACUGUUGGCUUAAGAAGUGGUUUCUAAUGUAUUUACUAUUAUUUUAUUAUUAACAAGGCCUAUUUUAGCAAUAUAACAAUCAUUCAGAUCUUCUGUAAUAGUUAUUUUGGAUACAAGGCCGAAAAGGACGUAGUUGAUUAAUGCAUCGGUAAUUUUGUAAUUAUAAUAGAUAGAUGUUAGAAUAUACAUAUUUAAAUGCGAACAUGGUUGUCGUCCUUCGGUCCUUCGAACUUAUUCAAUUAAUUUUUUAUUGCUUGCGUCAAUAAAAAAGCGAUUUAUAAUGAAAAAUU